AUGUGGGGCUUCGGCACCCAAUGGGCACUCGUCAAGUCCUAUGGCAUCCCGGGCGGUACGAAGCUGUUGGUGCAGACCCGUCAAUUGACCGAUGAAGCCACGGUCGGCAAACAGGCAGAAGACACUGGCGUCUUCAUGGGCGAGAUUCUCGUCUCAGGCAUCGACUCGGACAGAGGAAUGCAGGCUCUUGCAAAGAUGAAUUGGCUUCAUCGCCGAUAUGGUACCAAGAUCACAAACGGCGACAUGAUACAUACUCUGGCGUUGUUUGUUCUGGAGCCUCAGAGAUGGAUCGAUGCGUAUGAAUGGCGACGAUUGACCCAAUUGGAGAAGGAUGCUGCGUUCGCGUACUGGAGGGAGAUAGGGAAUCGAAUGGGUAUGAAGGACAUUCCAGAUACUCUCGAGGAUCUGAAGGUAUGGACCGCCGCCUAUGAAAAAUGGCACAUGUACUACAGCCACGACAAUCGCCUCUGUGCAGAAACCACGAUAAACCUCUUUCUGCGAGAUACACCUCGACCGCUGCGUGGCGUUAUGAGGAAAGUUUUUGUCGCAUUUGUCGAACCGCACGUCCGAGAGACACUCGGCGUCGAGAACCCUCCCACCUGGGCGGAGUAUUUGAUUCUCGGGAUCUUCAAGUCCCGCGCGUUCCCGAUUCGGCAUUUUUAUCUGCCGCGGUAUCAAUGUCCGUUUGACGUGGAGCGAAGUGCGAAUGGUCGAUUGCACCGCAAGAAAUAUCUCUUCGAACCAUGGAGAUCGACGCUUUGA